AGCAAGCAGCACAUUGAGAGAGCAAAGAAAGAAAGAAAAUCUUAGUAAAUUUAGCAGUUCCACAGGAACACUCGACGGAGAAAUGAUUCCACCCAAGUCCACAGCAUGUUGCCCAAUUUGCAAAUUUGAGUUUGCAUAUCUGGGCAAACACUUGGCCAGCAGACACAGGGUGGUCAAUAAAGCUGAAAAAAGGCUCUUAUUAAACCACGCCACAGGGCGUGUUAAUUACCGCCACCUUCCCUGCCCUGUCCCUGGAUGUGGCUUUUCCAAGUCCCGGGUGGACAGGCACCUAAAGGAGCAGGGCCACCCGGAGCUGGACAAGGCCCAAGUCCAGGAGUUUGUCAAGGAUAUAAAGAGAAAGGUCACCAUGGACGGCUUAAGGGCCCUCAGGGCCUCCAACCCCACCCCGCCCAUGAUGUCAAGCCUAGAUCUCGACCAGGACGAGGAUGAGCUCAUCCACGAUGUUUCAGAUGCGGCAGAGUCCUCCAACCCUUUUUGCUCCACCUGCACCAAGCUCGCCGCCGAUAACAAGGCGCUUUGGCGGCAAAUCAGAAUCAAGAAGCGGUGGGCCAAAACAGCAAAGGCCAAAAUAAAGUCUCUGGAGGAGGCUAGAGAUGUGUUGUUGCCGGAAACAAGGAGCAAAGUGAGCAAAAGCAUGUGCCAUGACACUGCCACAGCAGAAACAUUUUACACCUUGCACCAAAGCACUGAACAACUUGCGGAGCUCCGCAAGAAGUUCCUACAGGCCACAGACCCGGACGCCCAAGGUUGUAGCGAAGCGGAGGAGCCUCGUCUCCUCACACUGUCAGAGUCGUCGAGUGAGGAUGAGGGCAAGGAGCCUGUAGAGAAAAAGAGGCUCUGAGACACCUUCUGUCUGCAGUCAAUGCUUGAGUGACAUCAUUAUGCAGCCAUGUCCUGGACUCUGCCUGAGGCAAUUCACAGUUAGUCUAUAACGUCUGGAUGUUUAGUCUGCAAAGGACAGAAAUGGACAGUGAUUGAUCCGUAUGACACUCUGCAGCCAGGGUUGAUUCUUCGGGAUUCUUCCAAUGUUGAUUCUUCACCUCAGUUGUUAUGCAUGUUUUGAUCAAACGUCAUUUUAUCUUAACUGUGAUGUUCAUGAAUAAUAAACGUUAAACACUGGAGAUCUUGAACAUUAAUCACUGGAGGUUUUGUGACGUGUGUAAGUCAGGAUGUAAGCAAGACAUUUGUUCAAAAUGUUUGUUCACUAUUAAAGUACAUGUUCUUUUGUUCCACGUUUCUUUUCUUCUAAAAUCAAGAACACAACAUUAACAAUUAUAAAUUCAUAUUUCUAAAAUAUGGGUGUUAUAAAUAUAUUCCCCUAGAUUUUUUAAUCCAAGUUUGUAAAAUACUAGCCUGGUAAAAACCAGCCCCAUGUUCUAUGCUUUGCUUUGUUCAGAGGGUCUGGGCUCUUGGCUAUUGAGAAACAAUAUCAAUAUCAAUAUAAAUAUAAUUUCUCAACAUCGUUUCUGGAGGCGUGGCCUCUGUUUAAAUUUUACUCAACAGCCAACAUUUGUCCACGACAUAAUAAUGUGUCAGUUCAACACUAUGACGAUUAACAGAAAUGGCCUGAGCUUUAAAAAACCAUCAUCCACUGCAAAGAGAGAAAAGCCGAGCUGAACAGAUGAAUAUUAAAUAAAUAUUUGAAAGCGUGACCAACAUAGACUGAGCAGCUUCAUUUACUUCCUCCACUGUCAUUGCUAAAACAGGCAGACCACAAUUCUAAAACAUCACAGAAAAUCAACGUCAUUGUUCACAACCCAAAAAUUGACUGGAGACAGACGAAGUGAAUGGGAGAAAUCCCAGACUGUGCUGGAAGCAAGAAUUUUAAAAAUGUUUUGCUCACACGUGACUGUUGAUGUUUCAAUCAUCAGAGAAUGGACUGAUUGGAAACAAGACUUUAAACUGAGUUCAGAAGGUGAGAUUUGUUGCUAAAAAUUCAGAUGUGAACAAAUGAAGCACUAAAAAGUAAGACUACUUUUGUUUGUUUUGGAGCAAGAUGAGGGAAUGGUGACCUCUGGAUGACCUCGACUCAUUUUUAAUAUCUCAGAAACCAAAGCAGCACAGACAGAGCACUAAGAGCUCAUUCUUCUAUCUUCUGUUAUUUUUCACAUGGAUGGAGUGUCGGCUUCAUUCAACUGAAAAUGUUCCACCAUUAACAGAAGUUAUUGCCUUUGAACCAAAGCAUAUGUAGAAUAAAGUAUUUAGUCCCUCACUUGAUCUGGAUGGCAUUAAGUUGGCCACUGAUAAUAAAGUAAAACCCUCUUUUAUUUUUGAUCAGGAUAUGAAAUUUAAAUCCUGUUAGAUUUCUAUAAAUUCUUCUUUUUUCUUCAUAAUGGUGGAUACUAGAAUUUCUAAAAGUA